UUGUUUUAGUCCGAGUCUUUUUCUCGACUUGCGAUUCUGCUUCUUUGCUUGAGUUGGGGAGAGAGAGAGAGAGAGAGGGAGGAAGAACAAGGGGCCGGGAAGGGGAGGACGAAGAUGUCUAUGGGUCUUGGGAUACUCUAGAAUCGAUUUUCCAAGCUUCCAACUUUGUGCUUUAGCACCAUUUUGGCUUCUUAUUAGUCACAGACACUUUGCAACUGGAUUGGGCUUUGCAGAAAACAGAAUCAGACGAACAAGAUUCCACAAGCUUCAGGGCUUCAUCCGUCUCAGUUUAUUCCCGUGAAGAAUAUGAAGGCAGGCUAAACAAUAUUCCAACAAUCUGAGCCGCUUCUUAUUCAAAGGGAAUACAAAUUGUAAUCUUCUCAUCAGUUGUCAGGAUUUUCAAUUUAUCUAAAUUCAGGCUUUCAUGAGAGAGAGAGAGAGAGAAAAAAAAAAAAGUCCCUGCAGCAUCGCGCGGGUUUAAGCACUAGUUCCCACUAAAUAAGAGAUUGCCAACGUACCACCACACAUAAAAAUUGGAUACAGGUCAUUGUGUGAGGGAGUAGAAGUCUGAUCUUUUAAUAUAUGUCUAAUAGCUGCAAAGUGGAGGUAGUUUCUACUUUGCUUUGUGUGUGAUUUGGAUAAUCGAGACAAAAGGUUCUAUGGCGUUUUCACGGUUGUUCAAGAGGUUUAGCGGCAUGUACAAACUGAAUGCCAGAAUCCAACCAUACCCAUCUGCCUACAUCCCUACAAGAGCCCUAUCACACUCUAAGCUUUUCAGCAAUGGCGACAAUUCUGUGCUUCCGGUUUUGAUAGUGGGUGCAGGACCUGUGGGUCUCGUUCUUUCUAUACUCCUAACAAAGCUAGGGGUCAAAUGCGCAGUUUUGGAGAAAAGUACAAGUUUCUCCAGACAUCCACAGGCACACUUCAUUAACAAUCGGUCGAUGGAGAUAUUUCGCAAAUUGGAUGGCCUGGCAGAGGAGAUCCAGAGGUCUCAACCACCAGUAGAUUUGUGGAGAAAGUUUAUAUAUUGCACUUCGCUUUCUGGUUCCAUUCUUGGCUCAGUAGACCAUAUGCAACCUCAAGAUUUUGAGCAAGUUGUCAGCCCAGUCUCUGUUGCACACUUCUCUCAGUACAAACUGAAUACAUUACUACUUAAGCAACUUGAAAAUCUCAGCUUCAAGUAUUAUACCCCUGACGGGUUGAAAGGCCUUGACCAUGAACCCCUUGAGGCAAGGCAAAUAUUGAUGGGCUAUGAGUGUGUUUCCAUCAAUGCCAGUGAUGAUAUUGUUUCCGUGACUGCAUCUUUUCUCAAGGAUGGGAAACAUAUGGAGAGGAAUAUCAGAUGCAAUAUGGUUGUAGGUACUGACGGUGCUGGAAGUACUGUACGUAAGCUGGCUGGUAUAGAUAUGAGAGGUGAAAAGGACUUGCAGAAGCUUGUGAGUGUCCAUUUCUUGAGCAGAGACCUUGGAAAUUACUUGCACAGUGAGAGACCUGGCAUGCUGUUUUUUAUCUUCAAUACUGAAGCUAUAGGGGUCCUUGUUGCACAUGAUCUCAAGCAAGGGGAAUUUGUAUUGCAGAUGCCAUUUUAUCCACCCCAGCAAAACCUUGAAGAUUUCAGUCCCAAGACAUGUGAGAGGAUGAUCUUCAAAUUGGUAGGUCAAGAGCUUGGAGACAUAAAUGUGAUUGACAUAAAACCUUGGGUAAUGCAUGCUGAAGUUGCCGAGAAGUUUCUAAGUAGUCAAAACCGUGUAAUUCUUGCUGGUGAUGCUGCUCAUCGAUUCCCCCCUGCUGGUGGAUUUGGUAUGAAUACUGGAAUUCAGGAUUCUCAUAACCUUGCCUGGAAGAUAGCUUCUGUAGUAAAGGGUAUUGCACCACCUUCAAUACUUAAUACUUAUGAAACAGAACGUAGGCCGAUUGCCAUUUUCAAUACAACUCUUAGUAUUCAGAACUUCAAAGCAGCCAUGGCUGUUCCUGGUGCGCUUGGUCUUGAUCCAACUAUUGCAAACUCGGUACAUCGAGUAAUAAAUAGGGGGGUUGGUUCCAUUUUACCAUCUGGACUACAGAGCGCCAUUUUGGAUGGAAUUUUCAUCUUAGGUCGUGCACAGUUAUCAGAAACUCUUUUGAAUGAAAACAACCCAGUUGGAGCUUUAAGGCUUGCUAAUCUGAGACGCAUAUUUGAAGAAGGAAAGAGUCUCCAGCUCCAGUUCCCGGCAGAAGAUCUUGGUUUCAGGUACCUAGAAGGUGCACUUGUUCCUGACCAUAAUGGUGCACUGGGUGGUCCAGAUGGACCUACCGGUCGCCGGAGGGACUAUGUUCCUAUUGCAGAUCCAGGUUCAAGGCUUCCUCACAUGAAUGUGAGGAUAUUGUCAAAUUCAUCGAGUGAGGCAACUAUUUCUACACUGGAUCUUAUAUCUGGAGACAAAAUUGAGUUUCUCCUUAUUAUAGCACCGAUAGAGCCAUCCUACCAUCUUGCUCAUGCUGCAUUGAAGGUGGCUGAGGAAUUCAAAGUUUCUGCAAGGGUGUGCGUGUUGUGGCCUGCUGGUAGUGCUAAAGGAGUGGAGGUAGGAAGUAAGGUAUCAUUGAAACCGCAGGACAAUUACAUGGACGUUAUGGAAGUUAAAAAGUCAUCAAAUGCUUCGUCAUGGUGGGACAUCUGUCAAAUGACUGAUAAAGGAGCCAUCCUAGUUCGGCCUGAUGAGCAUGUUGCUUGGCGUCUGAAGUCUGGAGUUGUUGGGGACCCUAUGAGGGAAAUGAGAAGGGCCUUUUCUGCUGCCCUAGGCUUGAAGUCACAUAUUAAAGACCAAGAAGCUGAUCAUUGACAGUUUGCAGCAUUCAUUAGUUAUCCUUUUCUCUUUAUUAUUAGUUUUUUUAUCAUUGCUGAAAUGAUGUUUCUUUGUUGUAAGGAGCUGUUAGAAAGUGGUAUCACUGAUCAAGGCUCGUUAUACAUUAACAAGAUAUUAUCUGUUCAGAACUUGAGAUAACACAGUGGCUCCCUCCUAAAGAAGAGUUUGGAAAGCCAAAAUCAAAUACAAAUCUAAAUAGUGAAUGCAUUGAAAU